UUAAGAUAUCUGUAAUUCUUAUCGGUAACGAUUUUUAAGCAAAUGAUUGGAAGAUGAUUUCAUCUGAGGAUGAAAGUAUUCAUUUGGAUGAAGUGUUAAAGAAGUUCGGUGGAUUUAGUCGUUACCACAUUCAAGCUAUUUUUUUAAUUAGUUUUGCGUUCUUCAACAAUGGAAUGCACUGUAUCAAUUACGUCAUCGUCGCUGAGGAGACCCCAUACAGAUGUAGAAUCGAGCAAUGCGAAUCACAGAUCAGGGAUUUCGAGUCACCGUAUAAUUUCACCACGCCACACAAUUCACGGGGUUGUUAUAGAUAUUCAUCCGAUUCUGAAGAAUGUUUCCCGUCCAGUUUCAAUACGUCGAUUGUGGAAACUUGUGAUGAAUGGAUUUACAAGAAAGAGGAUAGCUUUGUUGCAGAGUUUAAUCUGGCGUGCCAAGAUUGGAAACGGACAUUUGUGGGAACGAUUCAUAGUAUAGGACUGAUGUGUGGACUAUUUUUUCAAGGACAACUUUCUGAUAGAAUUGGUAGAAAAGCAGCUAUCAUAAUCCCUGGUCUGGCUGCUGCAAUAUUUGGCAUCGCUAAAAGUUAUGCUACCACUUAUUUAAUUUACAUUACACUUGAGUGGUUUGAAGCAACGUUUGGAGACAAUUGCUCGCCUGCGUUUAUUUUAGGAGUCGAACUUGUUCACAGUGACCACAGAUUGCACCAACAAAUAUUCUUUUGCGUAAUGGCGGCUUUGGGUGGAGUAUUAUUUUCUUUAGCCGCAUACUUAGUACCGUACUGGAGACACUUCGUCCAACUGAUUUAUGCACCGUCUUUGCUUUUCAUAUUAUACUACUUUAUCAUGGACGAGAGCGUGCGAUGGUUACUAAGUAAAGGAAAAAAGGAAAAAGCAACGAAGUUGCUGCUCAAAAUGGCAAAAUUAAACAAGAUAACUUUGGAUGAAAAAUUACUCGUAAACAUACGGUGUGAGGAUAAUUCGACGAAGAAUUGCGCAUUAUGGGCGACAUUUAGUUCGAAAAUAGUGAUCAAAAGAUUUUUGAUAUGCUUAAUAUGGUGGAUAUCAUGUACGUUCAUAUCCUUCGGAUUGGUUGUUAAUGUUGGUUCAUUGGCUGGGAAUAAGUACUUAAAUUUUGGUAUAAUGUCAUUGUCUGACAUACCUGCAAGUAUAGCGAUGGUGUUCAUAUUGAAACGAUUCAAAAGAAAAAAACCUUUACUUAUAUCGUUCAUAGCAGCUGGAUUACUUUGCUUAGUACAUCCUAUGAUACCAAAAGAAUAUGUAUGGACGUCGACUGGAGUAUAUUUCUUAGGAAGAUUUGUAUCAACAUUUACAUUUGCAACGGUUUAUAUUUACACCUCCGAGUUGUUUCCAACUUAUUCGAGGAAUUCCAUGCACGCGCUGUGUUCUGCAAUCGGUAGAAUUGGUUCAAUUCUAGCCCCAAUGACGCCAUUACUGACUCAAUACAUGGAAAGCCUUCCGACUUUGCUAUUUGGGAGUAUAUCAAUCGCUGCAGGGUUGACAACACUCCUAGUUCCCGAUCUCGCAAACGAACCUCUCCCGGAUAAUGUAAAAGAAGCUGAGAAUAUAGGAUCCUUCCCUCUCACCAGCUUAUCACAAAAAUGUGAUAGCAAGGAAUAACUAAUAGUU